ACUGGACGAUGGAGUCAGACAAGAAAAAGAAGAGACCCACUGAAGUCCUUCUAGAUAUUAGUGAGGAGGCUUUUUUGAAAGAACUGGAGCCCUACGAGUACCAUGGCUACUCUGGUAUUGGGGAAGCUGUCUGUGGUUGGGCCAGAGCUGCUCCACUGAGCUGCAUACUUCUGACCAGGAGGGAAAACGUUCAACCAAAGACUGAGGCAGCUGCCAACCCCGUCCCCUUAUCUGUUGACCCAGUGCUCCUUAACAAAGAGGGUCCAGCCAGCGUUACAGAGCCCUGCUCCGACCCUCAGACAGACUCUAAUGCCGCCUUAAAGAAACCCACAGCAUUGAACCAGGAGGAGGAAUCACUGAGCGACGCUGCUCUGGCAGCUCAGCAGCUCGACGCUCAGGAGGAGCCCGACGUCGAUGCUGUGCAGGACAGUACAUCACCCAAAAAGUUAGAGGAGGAAGGGACUCUUAAAGAGACACCUCUGCCACAUCUGUCCUCAAAAUCCUCUGAUAACAAAGACACUCAUUCUCAGAAGAAGAGAUACAGAGCCCGAAAUAUUGUCAAAAACAGCCCAAAGCCCCAUUAUGCUCUGGUGCCCAUUACACACUUAACUGUCUCCAUACCUGACGCCCAGAAUCUCAGCAGUGGCAAGAAGAUUUUGAAUAAAAGAGUGAGAUGAAAGGAGUGAAAACUGCUGCUGUAAUUGCUUCUCGAGCAAAGAAAGAAAACUCCACAAACUUGAUGAAAAAUGAUGGUAUUGGAAACAAUCCAGUUUAAUAACUAAUUUAUUUGCAAAGGAUAUUUUCCAU